AUGGCUCCUUCGCUCGACGACGACGAGCACGCCUACUUUGCCUCCAGCCCGCCCCCCAAGGCGCUGGAGGAACACGCCCGGCUCGCCGACAGCUUCAUCCGCACGCACGCCCUCGCCGCCCGCCGCGUCGUCCUCGUCACCUCGGGCGGGACCACGGUGCCGCUCGAGAAGGAGACGGUGCGCUUCAUCGACAACUUCUCCGCCGGCACCCGCGGCGCCACCUCGGCCGAGUACUUCCUCGAGUCGGGCUACGCCGUCAUCUUCCUCCACCGCCAGUUCAGCCUGCUCCCGUACUCGCGGCACUUUUCGCACUCGCGGGACUGCUUCCUCGACUUCCUCAGCGAGGGGCCCGGCGGCCAGGUCGGCUGGCGGGAGGGCGGCGACUCGGCCAAGGUGCGCGACGUGCUGCGCCAGUACCGCCGGGCCAAGGAGGCCAACAUGCUGCUCAUGAUUCCCUUUGUCACCAUCGGGGACUACCUGCACGAGCUGAGGGCCGUGUCGAGGCUGAUGCUGCCCCUGGGCAGGGGCGGGCUGCUGUACCUGGCGGCUGCCGUGUCCGACUUUUUCGUCCCGCCCGAGCGGAUGGCUGAGCACAAGAUCCAGAGCACCGACGCCGCGGCGGCCUGGGGCCGAGACGGCGCGCGAGACGAUGCACGGGACGGGGACCGAGACGGGGCACGAGCUGGCGUCCAAGCCCUAGCCCAGCCCCGGAACGGCGCCUCGGAAGACGAAGAGUUUGACAACUUUGACGCGUCGCCCCGCGUCCCGCGGUCGAAGCGGCUCGUCAUCAACCUGGACCCCGUGCCCAAGUUUCUCAAGAACCUGGUGGACGGCUGGGCGCCCCAGGGCAUGAUUGUCUCGUACAAGCUCGAGACGGACCCCGCCAUCCUGGUGCGCAAGGCGCGCUACUCCCUGGACCGCUACCAGCACCAUCUCGUCAUCGGCAACUUGCUGUCGACGAGGAAGUGGGAGGUGGUGUUUGUGAGCCCCGGCCGCCGGGAUCACUGGCUCCGGGUGCCGCCGCCGCCGCCCUCCAUGGCCGAGGGAGGGGGCGGGCAGACGGGGUGGGGGGAUGCCGAGGGAAGGCCGUUGCGGGCGGACGAGCUGCCAAAGGAAGACCCGGACACGGAAAUCGAAACGCUCAUCAUUCCCGCCGUGGUGGAGCUGCACGAUGCCCAUCAACCCGGCGUCAAUCCCCCCCCUGGGUACGCGCGGAUGCUGCGUGCCAAAGACGAGGGAAACAAGACGGUUAGGAGGGCAGACGCGCGCGACUUGCCGGGCGAGGCACAAGCUGUCCAGCGACGACGGCCGGGGAAACGAGUUGCCAUUGCAAGUAGGCUUUUCCAGACGAGUUACGAGACGAGAUGCGAGACAGAGGCAGAGUACACCAAACCAGACCCGACCUAG